GGUCGCGGGGGUGUGUGUGUCUCUGGCGGUCCCGGAUUCGUGACUGGGUGGCGCUGCUUCUGCCGUGUGAGCUGACAAGCUGCGUCGCGGGCCGGAAGCUCCGUUUAGCGGAAGUGUGUUUGGUGCUAAUUGAACGCGUGUGUCCAAACAGACGUCGCCGAAAGAGGAUCUGCGUGCUUUCGUGUGUCUCACCUGGGAUUAAACGCCGUCGUUCAGUUUCUCGAGCAGCACUGCAGGGUCGCCGCCGCCGCCGGCAUGCAGCCCUGCUCGCGGUCCUGGGUUCGACCCCGGGUGCGGGCGCUUGCCGCGCUCCUCGCCGCCUGCCUGCUGCCUUUAGCCGCCGCCAAGCCAGGGCUGUGCGAGCUGGAGUCUGGGCAGUCCAACAUCAUCCUGGACAUCGAGGAGAGCAGCGGCUCGCAGAUGAGCCAGCAGACGACGCCGGCCGAGCUGCCCGUGGUGGGGGACCCGUUCUCGGACGUGGCGCUGGAGCUGGUGUUCCCGCGACUGGAGCCCGUCUUCAUCCUGAACGGCAAGAGGCUGCAGCUGCUGCGGCCGCUCGACAGGGACCGCGACAACCUGUCGCACAUCGUCUUCCAGCUGACAUGCACGGUGCGAGCCACGGGUCGUAAGCGCACCAUCCCAGUGAUCGUCAGAGUGUCUGACGUCAACGACAACGCUCCCGUCUUUCUCGACACGCCGUACGAGGUCACCGUCCCUGAGCUGACGCCGGUGGGCAGCACGGUGUUCCGCGGCCUGAAGGCGGUGGACGCGGACGCGGGCGUGAACGCGCUGGUCGAGUACUCGGUGGUGGCGGGGCAGCCGGCCGAGGGCAGCGGCGCCGCCGACGGGGCGGCCUUCUUCGCCAUCCGGCUGCCGCACCAGGGCCAGGUGACGGUGGCGCGCGCCCUCGACUACGAGCGCACGCAGCGGUACCUCGUCACCGUCGUCGCCUCGGACCGCGCACGCAACGCGUCGGAGCGGCUGUCGGCGACGACGACACUGACUGUGACGGUGCAGGAUGACGACGACCAGGAGCCGUCCUUCAUCUACCAGGGCUGCACGCCGCUCAACGGCGUCUGCAUCAACCCCGAGUACUCCGCCUCGGUUUCAAGUGGAAUCUUGGCUGGCAUUCUCAACAUAUCCCCAGAAAAGAUUCAAGCUGUUGACAUGGAUUCCAUAAAUUCUCCUAUUCAUUAUAGUUUUCUGAGUGGAAUGCCAUCGUCCUACAAGGAUUAUUUUGAAAUAAACCCUCAGACAGGAGCUGUAAGGCAGAUACAGCCUGUUGAUACAUCUGUUGCUAAAAAAUUUGAGAUAAUUAUAAAGGCAGAAGAAGAAUCUGAACAACGCAGAUUUGCAACUGCAAAACUGUUCAUCACAGUCAAGCCAGUGGACAGCAACCCACCAAAAAUCCAGGUCUCUGCAGCUGAUGGAUUUGUGGAUGAAAAUGCACCAAUUGGAACUAAAGUUAUUGAUGCCAGUGGGAACCCAAUUAAGCUUACAGUAACUGAUGCUGAUCUUGGUCCUGAUGAUCCAAAACCAACAUAUGCAUUCGAACUGACAACAAACUUCUUUAAAGUUGACAACAGUGGCAUACUGGUGGUCAAUGAAGAAACACUUGACAGGGAUCCGCCGAGCCCAGGGAAGUUCAGAUUUCAGGUUGUUGCUCGGGAGAUGACCGGAGGUAACGGUGCCGCUAGUCGCCCGCUCACCCUCACCGUCACCUUGAACGAUGUGAAUGACAACGCGCCACGGCUGCCAGCGAUAGCCCCCAUCACCAUACAGGCCGGAGAAGGGAAGCGCCUUGUCUAUACUGUUGUUGCAACAGACGAUGACCUUGGUGAGAAUGCCGAAAUUUCAUACAGCAUAUAUCAUGUCUCCAACAAUGGAAGGCAGAAAUUCAAAAUAGAACCAAAAACAGGUGAAAUAUUUACCAUUGGAAAACUGAUAGCUGGAGAACAGUACAGCAUAACAGUCCAGGCAACAGAUAAAGGUGGAAAAUAUUCUCAGACAAUAGUAGAAGUUAAUGUGGUUCCUGGUCCAAACACUCGAAGUCCAGUAUUUGAGCAACAGACAUAUGAAGUGCAAGUCAGUGAAGGUGCUCCUAUAAAUUCUACAGUUGCAACUAUCAUUGCAAAUGACCCUGAAAAGGACCCAGUCACAUAUUCUAUCAUAUCGGGCAAUGAUCUACGGCAGUUUGCCAUUGGAGACCGGACUGGAGUAAUCACUGUCAUACGAAAGUUAGACAGAGAGGAACUCACAAGAUACCAGCUGGUAGUUAAGGCAGAGGAUACAGGAGGACUAUCAAGCACAGCACUGAUCAGCAUAAAAGUGACAGACAUAAAUGACAAAAAUCCAGAGUUUCAGAAUCUGCCGUAUCUGUUUAGAGUGCGGGAAGGAGAAAAUAAUGCCAAAGUUGGGAGUGUGCUUGCCACUGAUGCAGAUGAGGGCCAGAAUGCAGUUGUGUACUAUUCUGUUCCUGAUGAGAUACCAUUUGCAAUUGAUGCUAUGACUGGUGAAAUUCGGACAAAAACUGCACUUGAUUAUGAGAAACAGAGGGACUAUAAGUUUGUUGUGACUGCAAAAGAUGGGGCACCAGAUCCUCGCUUGGCAACAGCGACUGUCACAGUCCAGGUGGUGGAUAUUGACGAUGAAUUGCCAAUAUUCCAUUUACUGAGCUAUGAGGCAAGGGUCCCUGAAAAUGUUCCAGAUUACAUGGUUACCCAAGUCAAGGCUGAUGAUCCAGAUACGAAUCAAAAAAUAACUUACAUUAUCAGACAAGGACCAGCUGAAUUAUUUUCAAUUGAUCAGAAAACUGGUGUUAUUAGAACUUUACGUGGAUUGGAUUAUGAGAGAGAAAGUCAAUAUAUCCUUGUCAUCGGAACAUUGGAAAAUCCGGGAAAUCGGCCAGGUGACACAACCAGAGUGAUUGUCAAUGUUGAGGAUCGAAAUGAUAUACCACCAGUGUUCACAACAGUACCACGACCAGUUACUCUGGAAGACAGUGUACCUAUUGGCACUACUGUAACAACUCUAAUUGCAACUGAUUCAGAUGGGACACCACCUGGAAACAAGGUUCGAUAUGAACUUAUUGGAAGAGGAAAAGCAAACAAAUACUUCCAGAUUGAUUCUGAUACAGGUGUUAUACACGUUCGAGAUGACCUACGGAAAGAAACACUCAAUGAAUACCAAGUCGAUAUUAAAGCCUAUGAUCUCGGUGAACCACAGUUGUCAUCUGUGACAUCAGUGCCUGUUUAUGUUCGCCACGUGGCAACUGUUCCACCAGAUGAAGGGCUGGGCUUUGCUGACACUUCUUAUACUGUAGAGAUUCCUGAGAAUGCAACUGCAGGCACCCUUAUAAAGACACUUACAAUUUUGAACAUCAGAGCUCAAGACAUAGCUCCUCUUCGGUGCACAAUAACAGAUGGUGACAUUCAAGGUCUCUUCUACACAAAUGUGACAAAGGAUCGGAACUGUGAAUUAAGGUUAAGAACUGCUGGUCUGGACCAUGAAAAAGUGCAACAGUAUCAGGUGGCUAUAAAGCUAGACACUCUUUCUGGUUUGGUGAAUCAGAUGAGAAACAGCACUACUGUUAAGAUUCAGGUUGUUGAUGUGAAUGACAACAAACCUGAAUUUAUAUUCCCAGAACCAGACCAAAAAUUUUCAAAGGGAAAAUACUUUGGGGCAAUUGCAGCAGAUUCACCUAUUGGGACAUCUGUUUUGCAGGUUAAAGCUGAAGACAAAGAUAGUGGGAAGUAUGGAAAAGUUGAAUACAGAAUUUUGGCAAGUGAUAAAGGAUCAGAAUAUUUUGCUAUGGAUUCAAGCAUAAUCAAAAGCAAGAAAUUAUUUGAUAACGAUGUGGGGCUGCCCUUCCGGUUCACUGUAGAAGCUCGUGACAACCCCACAUCAGAGCAAGACAGCAAUACUGAAACAGUUCCUGUUGUGAUAAACCUCAUUACUGAUCGGAAUCGACUGAUACUAGUGAUCGAUGAUGCCAAACCAGAAACUAUUCAGAAUGAGGAGAAUAAAAUUGCUAGUGUCCUGGAGGACCACACAAACUUGAUUAUUGGAAUUGAGAAAGUAGACUCCAGACAGUUUCUUGGCAGUAAUAGCACAAUUGAAAUAGACAAAGAUGGGACCGAUGUUUGGUUCUAUGCAGUAGAUCCUGAAACUGAAACAAUUCUGGAAAGAAACAGUAGCAGAGUACUGAGGUCAAUAAUGGAUGCUGCUGUGAAAUCAAGUAUUACAAGAGAUAUCGGUAGUACUCUUCAAGCCACAACCAGUGGGAUACAUGGUCCAUUAAUGGUCAUGAAACUUCAGAAGGGUUCAGCUGUUUCAUGGGAUGUUUUCCCAUAUGCUCUCAUAAUAAUCGCUUGUAUAAUCUUCAUACUUGGCUCAGCUGGAAUAAUAUACAUAUGUAUCUCAUGGUCAAGGUACAAAGCUUACAAAGAAAGAAUGCAAAGAAUGUAUGUUGUGCCGAGAUAUGAUCCAGUGUUUGUUGAACCAAAUCUUAAGGAAUAUGAAACUCAGGUUCUGCAGAUGAGUGUCCCACUGGAUGACAGUGACAGUUACAAUGAUCUACAACUGGACUUUAGCAGUAAAAAUCAUGCUUUCAGCUUAGACAAUGUGAGCUACAUAACAAAAGAAAAUGGUGACAGCAUAGGCCAGCAGAGUCCUGUAAGUUCUGAUGCUGCCACAACAGCGCGUGCCUCCAGUAUAGCGGGAGGUGGGCACCACAGGAAUGAAAGUGAGCACAAUAUCAUGGGUCAGGAUUCUCCUCACAUAUCAAAUCCUGUUUAUCAAAGGUCUGAUGACAAUUCCAGCCAUAUGAAUGCCAGUGCUACAAAUGAGAAUGUGACAUUCAGAGAGAAGAAAGAUUAUUCUCAUCUAGGCUUUACAUAUUUAGGGGAUAGGUCUCCAGUAGAAACAACAACAGAAUUGUGAUUUGCAAAAUUACUGAAAAAGAAUACUGUUUUGUCCCCAGCUGAUAGCUCAAAAAUAUUGCCAUUUCUCUUUGUUGUUCAUUAACUACUGCCUUUCAGGCCAUAGGGAAGAAUGACAGUGCAUCUUAAGAGAAAAUGAUAUUCAUUUUCAGUUUACUGUUGAUACCUCGUGCACAUUUUUGCGCAAAAUCUGUGCAAAAGACUGACUGUAACAUUUUUAAUGUUGGAUGUGUGCUGUGGUCUGUUUGACAAUGAUCAAUGCUCAAAUACUCAGAGAUUGGACUGUGUGAAUGCUGCAGCUGUAAAAUAUAAGCAACGAUAACAAAUCAACAUCAGACAGUUUAAUACCAAGAUGCCCCCAUAAAGCAAAACAUUCUUGGUACAGAGAGAAAAUUUUUUUAUCUAGAAGGUAUACAGUGAAAGUUAAUGAAUACACUCUAGCAGAAUGUUACAUUACUUUAAUGUGUGAAAUAUUAUGAAGUGUGUUGAACUUUUUAUGCUUCAUACAACUGUAUGCUUCAAUAUAUUGAAUGGAAAAAUCUUGCAAGCAGUUACCAGUUUUUGGUGCCAGUGCUGCAGUGGUAGAUGUACUUAAUAUUGCAUACACUUUUUAUCUGGCAAGCACAUCAAAGAUUUUAUGCAACAAAGAAACCACCAGUGUGUAAAUUUUAUUUGCAUUUUCACUUUGUAGAGUGCUGAAAUAGUAAAAAUUGAGCAUCUUUGUAUCACUGAAAUUUUAUAAAAUCAUAGUUGCAGCAUUUUUUCUGAUGAGUGUGCCAACUGUUUUGUACUGAGUCUUAUACAAAUAUAUGUACAGUGUUUGCUAUAUAAAUGUUAUUUGCUGUCAUUGGCAGUGUUGUGUAUAUAAUUAUAAAUGUAUAGGUGAGAAACAGCUCAUAAGUCUUCCAAGCUUUGCAAAAUAAGUUACUUGUAUUAUAGAUCUGAAUCAUUGCUCAUUAUCCAUUGUUUUCAUGGUUGUUAAUUUAUGGAAAUGAAAGCUGUAUGUGAACCGUUAGAAAGAAAUGUGUGAAGGGAUCACUGUGGUUACCACCACCUGUGUACCUUGAAAUAUUUUGUGAGAAGUAUGUACGUUUGUGUAAUAAGAGGAUAGAUGUGACUUUUGAAGUGAAGUGUGCCGUUGUGAAAGAAAUCAUUUGACAUAUGAGAUUUUCAUGCAAAUAAUUAUAUAUUUUUUCAAGAAAAUAUUUGUAUAAGGAGUAAGCAAUGUAAAUAUACAGAAAACUUACAUGUUGAUGUUAAUGUAACAAAUUUUAUUUAUUUAUUGUUUAUUUUUUUCAAAAUUAUAAUUUGUGCAUAGAUGUGAUAUGAAAUAGAAUUUUUGUACUUAAAUGCAAAUGAAAUAUUUAAUCUCACUUGUAUCAUCUUUUCAUCAUGUGAUACAUUUCAGAUUUUAAACUGAUGUGCAGAAAACAUUCCUUUUUCCUGGUACCCUGUUAAUAUUUUUACUGACUAAAUAUUAUUUUUAAUAAAAUGUUGUUCAGUUUUUGACUUAAAUUUUAUUGCUGCUCUAAAGAUAAGGUGUACUAAUGAACCUACACAGAGAAAGUCAUGGAGGUUCUAGAUAUUGGAUCAUAUUGUCUCUGUCUUGCUGAAUGGUUAUGUAUGCUGUCCACAAAUGCAACUGAUGUUUUAACAAAUAAUGAAAAAUACUUUCAGGAAAUGAUGGCAACAGUGUGGUCUCCUGGAAAUACUUAUGGAAUAAAAAACAAUGUAUCACAAACAAAAGUAAUACACCAUUAACUAUUUCUUGUCUUAUCAUCCUCAAUUGUGUUUAAUUCCAUGUUGAUAAUAAUUUCUGUGAAACUGUCUAAUCACAAACAAAUAAAACAAUUUUUCUUGCCAUUGAUGGUUCGCCUUUAUUAUUUGCAAGGCAUCUUCGGCCACCUGGAAUAUAUAUGUAUUUGUGUUUAAUCUAUUUUGCUUUACGUUUUGGGCAUUGUUUACUGAGGUAAUAAACAGUUCUGAUAGUUUCAGCUUAUCUGUGUCAUAGUGAUAGUAUAAAUUUCUCCUUAUAAAUUUCUACAAAAUUGUACAAAUUGUAAGUAGAAAUUUAUAUUACCAUUACAUCACUGAUAAGCAUAAAGUGCCAGAAAUGUUUAUAACCUCAGUAUAUCGAAAAUGUAAAGUGAAACCCAAAUGUGUAUAGAGAGUGAUUAAAAAAAACACUUACAAACUGACAUAGCACAUUGGGCAUACAACAAGGAUCAAUAAUCACAUAGGAAUCUGGGAUUGCAAAGGCCAUCUGGGGCUACCAAAUGGUGUGGUUAUUUAGUCACUUGCUGCAAAUGAAUACCCACUGCAGAUGAUAAAAAUUUGCAUUAGGAGACACAGAUAUGUGUAGCAUGUGUGUUCACAUCUGCCUCCGUAUGAAGGUUUGUGUACAUUCAUCACAUCCUCGAGUGAGAAUGCAGCCUUAUUAAUGAAGAGGAUACUCACUGUGAAGCUUCAGUCUGCCACGGAUUCCUGCAGAGACCACUGCAGAAAUCCUGUGCACUUAUUGUAGAACCCCAGUUGAAAUGCCUGCACGCAUUAGAAAUGAAAUGGAUGUGUUCUCUGGUCAUGUACAAUGUGACAGACAAAGGGGUGGGGGAUGUCAGUGGUGCAGGAUACAGCUCAUGUACUUGUUCACGGAAUAUGCUGCACCCUUUUGAGAUUGCUUUCUUCCACCAAAAUUGUCCGUGCUGUUCAUUGCUGACCAUCAUCCAGCUUGUCGACACGAAAUAAGCUGGUUUCAUACAGUUGGUGUUGCAGGGUGGCAAAUAAUAUGUGGCACAUCACCUUUCUAUUGGGAUAUUUCUCACAAUACAAUGGCAUGCCUUCUCAUCUGUUGUAGCUGGUUACACCUUAAGUCAAAUGCAUCUCAGCCAUUUUGUGGUACAUGUAGCUAGCCAUGUUACUUCCAAAGCUUCCAUGGUGUGAAUGGUGUUGGUCUCCAAGUGCUCUGCCUGUUUUUGGAUAGCAAUGCCCACUUGUGAUCGUAGUGCCCCCUUGUGGUUUUGCGACCCCUAGUUCCUAUGUGAUUAUCGAUCCUUGUUGCAUGACUGAUGUGCGUGCCAGUCUGUAAAUGUUUUUUUUAAUCAUCCUGUAUAUCCCAAGCCAUUGAAGAUACCUUGCAAAUAACAAAGGCAAAACACAUAUGGCAAGAAAAAAAAUUUUUAAUUAAAUUGUGAUGAGAUAGUUUUAAACUGAUAAUUAUCAAUAUAAAAGUAAUACCAAUGUGAGGAGGAAAAUGAUGAAUGAAGAAAAACUUAAGAGAUGUUCAAGAAUAUAAAUUUUUUUGUGAAGUAGAGGAUAGAAUAAAAGAAGAUAUGGAAAAGAAGCAAAAUCAUGAAUAGAAAAAGUCAAGUUGCUGCUCAUGAAGAAUAGGAGGAUAUUUUGCAACAAUGAAGACAGCCUCACAUAACGUAAUGUGCAGCUAUAUGGGUUGUCCUUCCUCACUUCUCUGCUAAGUAUCUUCCAGUCUGUGAGUUACUCUGGCCCUGUUACGAGACACCUGGCGAUGCUGAAAUAAUACUAAGACAAUUAUUGUAAUGGAGGGUCACCACUACACUCGAUCACUGAGAAAAUUGUGAAAAAAGAACAGCCUUCAUGCUUAAGUGUUAAUUGUAAAGCCACACUUUAUUUGGCUGGAUAGCUUGAUAAGCAUGCUGUUGAGCACAAUAAAAUAUCAUUUAUCAAUACUUA